AUGCAGCUCCUAAGACCUACUACAGCUACAAUUCGCUAUGUGACUGGCUGUUCUAAAGCAGUAGUUUCUUUGAGGACGUCAACUCCCCCCUCAUCGCAUCAUUGCCGCACCUUUGUGACAUGUCCCAAAGUUGAGAGGUCGCUAUUCUACCUAGGAGCUAAGACGCCAUCCGAUUUAGUUCGCAUAGGGCAGGAAGCAGUUGCUGCUUCAUCCGACAUCAUUGCUGAUGUGGGUGAUCGUCCUCAAGAUGGUGACGUGGAAGGCAGGGAUUUGAUAUACACGAUCGACCACAUAUCCAAUACGCUGUGUCUGGUAGCGGAUCCGUGUGAAUUGUUGCGACACGUCCACCCCGACGAUGAGUGGCGCGCCGCCGCCAAUGCGACUGUCGAGGAAGUCUCGGCGUUCAUAAGCCGCGUCAACAUCGACGAAAAGGCAAGUGUUUACAUUUGA